AUGAUCAAGUACGGGGUGGACCUUAAUAUAGAAGAGGGAGCAGAAGAAGUCACGAACGAGGAAUUGAAGCAGAACAUAGAGAAAUUCUUCAAGAAUGCAGAGGCUCUAAAGAAAGAAGCAGAUGAAGCUCUGGAAGCGUUCGAUUUGAUUGCAAAAGACGGCUUUGAGGGAAGAAGAGGUGCGGAACUAGCAAGAAUUUACAAAAAACUAUGUGCCGUGCCUCAAAAGGUGAGUUGCGUUGAGAUGGUUAGUCAAUUUUUCGAUUAG